AUGUUGCGUCUGAAUAUUGGUACCGUUAGGGCCCUUCUCGCUCGUCGCGCACAAAGCACCGCUGAGAGUGCUAAGAAGGCUGCUCAGUCGAUUCACACACAUACCAUUAAGACCCCCGUUGGCAUCAAUGCUGCUAUCGCGUCGUUGAAGCCAAAGACUACCAGAUUGUCUAUUGAGGGUCCAAUUGAGUGUGACUUGGAAGGAUUCCAAUUGCUCAAUUCCCCAAUUUUCAACAAAGGAUCUGCUUUCACUGAGGAAGAGAGAAAGGCCUUCCACCUAGAGGGAUUGCUUCCUUCUCAAGUUAACACCUUGGACGAGCAAGUCGACAGAGCAUACGCACAAUUCAAAUAUCUCAAAACACCAUUGGCUCAAAACGAUUUCUGUACUUCCAUGAGAAUCCAGAACAAGGUUUUGUAUUACGAGCUUGUCCGCCGUCACAUUCGUGAAAUGUUGCCUAUCAUCUACACUCCAACUGAGGGUGAUGCCAUUGCCCACUACUCCCACCGUUUCAGAAAGCCAGAGGGCUGUUUCUUGGAUAUCACCAAACCUGAAACCAUUGAGGAGCGUCUCGCUGUUUUCGGUGAGGACAAAGAUAUCGAUUACGUGGUUGUCUCUGAUGGUGAGGGUAUUUUGGGUAUUGGUGACCAAGGUGUCGGUGGUAUCCGUAUUGCCAUUGCCAAAUUGGGUCUCAUGACGUUGUGUGGUGGUGUCCACCCUGGCAGAGUUUUGCCUGUUGUAUUGGAUGUCGGAACCAACAACGAGAAGCUUUUGAAGGAUGACUUGUACAUGGGUAACAAAUUCCCCCGUGUCCGUGGUGAGCAAUACUGGGAUUUCGUUGACAAAUUCAUCAACGCUCUUACCAAGAGAUUCCCUAACGCUGUUUUGCAUUAUGAGGACUUCGGUGUCACCACUGGUAGAACCAUGUUGCACAAAUACCGUAACACCCUACCCUCUUUCAAUGAUGACAUUCAGGGUACUGGUGCUGUCGUCAUGGCUUCUAUCACUGCUGGUCUCAAAUACAGUAACCGUAACUUGCUCGAGUCCUCUAUUCUUAUUUAUGGCGCUGGUUCCGCCGGUCUUGGAAUUGCCGACCAAAUUGUUAACCACAUGGUUUCCCAUGGCUCCACCGUGGAAGAUGCUUGUAAGAGAAUUGUCAUCAUGGACCGUCGUGGUGUGGUUCUUAAGUCAUUUCCAAAUUCCCCAGAAGGUCAACUUCGUUAUGCUGACGAGGACGGCAAAUGGACUGGUAUUGACACCACCAACCUUCGCGAUGUUGUUGCACACGUUAAGCCAACUGUUUUGGUCGGCUGCUCUACUCAAGCCGGUGCCUUCACCGAAGAAGUUAUCAGAGAGAUGUACAAGCACAACCCACAACCUCUUGUGUUCCCUCUUUCAAACCCUACUCGUUUGCAUGAGGCUUUCCCGGUUGACAUCAUGAAGUGGACUGAUAACAAUGCCUUGAUUGCAACUGGUUCGCCUUUCCAACCUGUUGACGGUUACUAUAUUUCUGAGAACAACAACUGUUUUACUUUCCCAGGUAUUGGUUUGGGAGCUGUUCUCUCCAGAUGUACCUCCAUUACAGACACAAUGAUCUCCGCCGCUGUUGAUCAAUUGGCCUCGAUGUCCCCUAAGAUGGCUGACCCAAAGAACGGUUUGCUUCCACCAUUGGAGGAGAUCGAUGAGGUUUCUGCCUACGUUGCAACUGCUGUCAUCUUGCAGAGUUUGAAGGAGGGCACUUCCAGAGUUGAGAGUGAAGAGAAGCCCGACGGUGGCUUCGUUGAGGUUCCAAGAGACUUCAAGAAGUGUUUGAAGUGGGUGCAGUCGCAAAUGUGGAAACCCAUCUACAGACCUUUGGUCAAGGUUCUGCAUGUUCCAGAGAUUCAUACCUGGCAACAUUAA